AUGAAGCGUGACUCCGUGUCGGAUGCGUGCUUCGUGUCGGAUUUCACGGAUAAAUUCUCCCUAGCGCAAAAAGGCACAGACCUUGUGAGAAUGCGCCGGAGCUUUCGUCCUCUCCGCAAUGCCUCAGCAGCACCAGCCGUCGUUCCUCCCCCGUUCCCCUUCCCUUUCUCUGUCCGCCUUCAGCCCAACCCCGCCGUCCCCCACCCCUACCCGCACCCGCACCCGCACCAACUCACCUCCCUCGCAGACCCUCUGGCCAUCACACAACAACACCCUGAUGGUGGCGACGGCAGCGGCACACUGCUUCCCUUUCAGCAGCAGCAGCAGAGUGUCGUCGACGAGGCGGCCAAGACGCCCCUGAUUUGUCUGCGGGAGCUGACUGCGUCCAGGCUCUUUCGGCUGAGCGGCGAUUCUGACGCGCUGGCGCGGCUGAUACACCACGACAUGCCCAUACGCCUCUCGCGGCGCUAUCUGCAGCUGAGCAACAUGGCUGCGAACACCAGCGGGCAGCUGCACGAGAUACUCGAGCUGAUACGCAAGGAGUACCUGAGGACUUUGCUGUUGCUGCGCACUGCGGCGCCGCCGACUGGCAAGUGCACGGCUUUCGACUCGCUGCUCAUGGUAAGUGGAUGCACAUAUGGGGGAACAGACAGAGGAGGGAGGGAGGAGGACUGCCCACGCAUCUCAUUCGUUGGUGUGUGUCUGUGCCGCGCAGGACAUUCGCAAGCGGCACUACGCUUGUCUGCACAAGCUGGUGCAUCAGAUCCGCCGGUUAAGGCACCGCCGCAACAACAGCACCACCGCCCCCGCACACCAGCCAUGGCACAGCCAGGGCGCCGACAACCACCCCCUACCCAUAGAAGACAUAUUCUGCAGCUCCUUACAGGUAGGUACUCACUUGAACGCAAGGACGCGGAGGUUGAGCAACAAGCUUUUAUGUGUGCAUCUCUGUGUGUGUUGUGCAGAUGGAGUUUGUGAUGCAUCAUUACCUGAGGCUUCGGACUGGUGCCCCAGUGCACAGCGGCAGGAGUGCUUUGGGGCUGUUUCGCUUCGACGUCACGCCCAUGCAGAUCACAUGGAACGCCGUCGACGAAGCCAGACGCAUAUGCUCGGUGGGCCAGCAGAAGACGACACGACACACACACACACACACACAGAGAGAGAGAGAGACCCUUAUAGUCUCCCUCCCUUGUUGUUUGUUCUGUGUCCGUCCACAGGCAAAGUACCGGGCUAGCCCUCAGAUCAGCGUCAAGAUGAUCGACGGCAUGUCGGACAUCGACGACGGCGUUCCUCUCCACAUGCCCAUCCCAACACCAUCAUGCCGCCCCACCGUCCCCCGCUGCGUGCACUACGUGGUCCUGGAGCUCAUCAAAAACGCCAUGUGCGCGUCCAUCAAUGGUUCCAGCAGCACCGAUGCCGCCGCCAGUAGCGUCGACAGAGAUGUCGACCGUCAGCCGACAGUGAGUGUGCGUGCGGAGCAGCGUUCAGACGGCGGGGUGACCAUCACUGUCGAGGAUCGGGGAAGGGGCAUGACGAACUCCGAACUAACACGCGUACGCUCCCAGUGCGCGUCGCACACACAGGGUCAGUCUGACCACUUGGUUGUCUGGUUCUCAGGCGUGGUCAUUCCUCCACUCGACGGCCGAGGGACCUGACGAGACGGCCGACGGGGUGGGAGUGGACGGAGGGAGAAACGCCCCACUGCUUGCCGGCCUCGGGCUGGGCCUGCCUGUUAGCCGUCUCUACUGUGCCUUCAUGGAGGGCUCGAUCGACAUCCAGUCGACCGUCGGGGAGGGGACCAAGGCAACGGUCGUGUUUCCACCUCUUGCAUGAUGCUGUGAUACAUGCGAUGUGUGUGGUCGAUCUCUGCCGCACGGGGAGGGGUCUGGGUGUGUGUGUGUGUGUGUGAACUGUUGUUGUUACGCGAUGGAUGGAUGGAUGGCUUGAUGUGUUUUGGCGUUUUGGAGGGUCGUUGAUUCCACUUGAUUGACAGUGUACUGGGUGGUUGGGGGGCGGGGGGGGGGGGGGGGGGGGGGGGGGGGG